AUGGCUUCCACCGGCGAACCUAUGGAAUCAAUCGAAUCCACCACCGCCCUCGUGCUCCAUAACCCUGCCAGUUUCGACGAUGUGCUAAACGACAAACGAAACCGCCUGAGCACCAUUCCCAAAGGCACUAUUCAGGUGGCCGAUCCCCCUGAGUGGCUCAUCGUCCUACACGAUCAACUCGCCACGGCUCACAACCAAGUCCGCGACAUCGCCAUCUCCGUGGGCCAGGAACACGCCAAGGAACUCUCCACCCUCAAGGAACAAUACGACAUCUUGAGGAAGAAUUACGUCGCUGUCGCCAACCUCUACAACGCCGGAAUUGAGGUCUCACAAGCUUCUAUCGCCCGCCUUGAGCACCAAGUCCAACAAGCCAGCACCCGCUUCGCCUCGGAAGUCUGGGCUGUUGUUGCCCAAUUCGGGAAAAAGGACGAGGAACGACAGAAGGCCGUCCAGAAGCUCAUGGAAGCCUCCUCCCGCCAGCAACAGGCCCUCGAUGUUCUGAACGAAAGAACUACCCGGCAGCAAUCCGUCCUGGGCCACAUGGACACCUGGGCUACCACCAAGGAAACCCAGAUCGAAGAGAUCCUCAACAAACUCGUCGAUCCCAGCCAGCUCAAGAGUCUGGAAGACCAGAUUACUACCCUCCAGCAAGCAACCCAGAAGGCCAUCACAGAAGCCUUCACUCGCUCUGGCCAACCCGUUCCCGACGCCACAUCUGUCCUACGGAUCUUGGAACACCGAGCGGCCACUCGACUCUCUUCUAGCCCAAGCAUUACCACGGCCGCCCCAGAGGAACCCAGCCGGAACGAGGCCAACCAAUUCCUCCAAAACCUAGGCCAUACUAUGACAGUCCAAGCCACCCCUAUCCACCUCAGCAAGCCUUCCUCUUACGAUGGCAAGGACCUAUCAAAAUUUCGGCCUUGGUGGUACAAGAUUGAGGCCUCUCUCGAGAGCUACGCCGCCAGCUUCCCCUCUGACGCCUACAAGAUCCAUUGGAUAGGCUCUCUGCUCACCGACAAGGCCCAGACCUGGCACAACCAACGCACCAAGCAAUGCCAACGCAUGGGGUUGGUCGAUACGUGGACAGGAUAUUCGACGGCCCUCAAGGACCGGUUCAAGGAUCCCUCAGAGCAACAUCGGAACGCGAGGAAAAUGGCCGAAUUAAAGUAUGAAGGGGACACUGUUCAAUACAUCACCACCCUUCUCGACUUCAACGACGUUGUACAAUGGUCCGGCACCACCUUCCGUAACCAUAUCUCAAAGACUCUCCCGUCGGAGAUCAUCAAGAUGGUCUACCACACGCGAGGAGGCGUCCCCAGCUCAGACGACGAAUUCCUUAACACC